AUGUUUUUUCAACUUUCUAUUUUGGCAAUAUUCAUGGACGAAACUUUUUCAAGAGCAGACGGCUGAUCUGAUAACGUUAUGGAUAUUAUUCUCAAAGCUGUAUUGCAUUGAUAUUAUACCAAAAAUAUUGAACGAAAAAAAAGGGAGAAAAAAUGUUUUUGUAAGGAAAUUGACGCUUUGAAAAAGCGAAUAUCGAGAAAAUCAAAGUCUGUUCCUGUAUUAUUGAUAUUUUGCUCUAGAUUCGUCCACCAUGCCAGUUAUAUUCUGUUUUUAAUAUAACUUUUAUACUAAAAAAAUGGUUGCUUUUCCAUUAGUGAAACUUGCUGCUUUAGCUAUUCGCCAAAUAAGCAAACCUUUAGCUAACAGAUUAAAAACUAGAGCUAAAAAUAGUCUUUUUUUCAGAACGUAUAUUUGUAUGCCACCAGCCCAACUGUAUCAUUGGGUAGAAGUGAAUGUUAAAAUGCGGCUUUUAAACCUGGGGAAACCUUCAGAAGUCCCUAAAUUGAAUGAAACGAUGGCUAUUGAAUUGGGUGCAGAUCUAAUUGGAGAAUUCACCAUCUUUAUGGUUGCAGCCAUAUCGUUAACAGCUGAAUACAUUAGAAGCUCUCGUAAUGAAAGAGCUAAAGAAGCAGCAAAAGAAGAACGGUUCAGAAAUUUAGAAAAUAAUCUUGAGGACUUAGUAUUUGUUAUAGAGAAACAAAAUGCAGAAAUUUUGCAUUUAACUCGUAUGUAUCAUGCAAUUGAAGAAAGAGUACCAAAGAAAAAAUAACUUUUUUUAUAAACAAAAUCUUUUCUUUUCUUUUUUUUUUUUAUUUUUAGUUCAAGUUCAUUCAAAUAUUGUUCUACAGAAGUAGAAUGUUAACAAUUUUUUUUUCACUUUAAUAAAAUAGUUAAGACAGAUUUUAUUUUCAAUUUUUUUCUGGCUUGUUUAUACACUGUCCUAUUUGAGAGAGAAAAUAUUGUAUAUAUCUUAUCACUAAAAUGCAGAGGGAAUGUUUCCAUACUACAUUGAAUCUAAACUGUAUGUAAA